AUGCCAGGAUCUAUUGCAACUAAGGAUGCAUUAUUUCAUAGACACAUUAGUCGUUCUCCUCUUUGUCCUCUAUGCAAUUUGGAGAAUGAAACCAUUGAGCAUGUGCUUUUCACUUGUCCUUGGACUCGUUGUGUUUGGUUUGCUCACCCUCUUGGCUAUCGUUUUCCAUUGGAAUCUAUCACUUCACUUGCACGUUGGCUUCAAUGGUUAAAGUCUUAUUUUGUGGAUGGGUCUGGUGACAAAUCUUUGCUUCACACUCAUGUUGCUUUUAUUCUUUGGCAUAUAUGGAAAGAACGAUGUGUUUGUGUUUUCAAUCAUACUCCUCCUACUCCGGAUUUGGUGGCUUGUAAAUCUUUUGAUGCUGCUCUUGAAUAUAUUCAACGUCCAUUGCCCAGGUGUGUUCGUCUCGUUACACAACCCCUCACUUCUCCAUCUUUUUGGACUCCACCACCUCUUGGUACUUUUAAAGUUAACACUGAUGCAGCUUGGCAUUCAGAUUCCCUCUCUUGUGGUAUUGCUGUUUUGAUUAGAAACUCUUCUGGGGAGCUUGUUGCUGGUUCUAACCAAUCUCUCCAUGCUUUCUCCGCCGUAGCUGCAGAGGCUUUGGCUGUGUUGGCAGGCCUUACAUUGGUUGUUUCUUUAAACUUGUCUCCUAUCAUCUUGGCAUCUGAUUCUCUACAUGUCAUCUCAGCUCUUACUACUGAAAAUUUUACUAUGGAUUGGACGGUGGCUCCCUUGAUCUGGAAAAUUCGCUCUCUUGCCACUUCCCAUUCACAUGUUAGCUGGAGUUGGUCCAGCAGACAAGCCAAUCUUGCAGCUGAUUAUAUUGCUGCUCUGGCUUCCAGGAGGAUGUGUCCAUCGGAUUGGGUUUCCAAUCCUCCUUCCUCCUUUUUAAAUUUAUUGUUGUCUGAUGCUUCUCAGGCUUCUCACAUCUCUUCUCAGAACUCUGUUCCUUUUGGUUUUGAUGUGGGAUAG